AUGCCCGCCGGCAGAACCGCCGCCGCCGCCGUCGCCGCCGCCGCCACGGCGGAGACGGACGCCCUGCCGCCACCUCCGCAGCAGCGGCAGGAGGAGCCGCGGGACGCCGAAGCGGGCGACGCCCUGCCGCCCCCGCCGGGCUGCCUCUCCGCCUCCGUCUCCGCCUCCGCCGCCGUGCCGUCCGUCGUGCCUAGGCUGCGGCUUGAGGCCUGCGGCGUGGGGGGCGCCAGCAGCGGCCCCGACAUGACGACGAGUUUUGCCGCCAGGGACGCCCUCCCGUCUCUGCGGGCGCGGUUCGAAGAGCUGCGCACGACGCCGCGUAUGCGCAGUCCGCGUUUGGGGCGCCCCAUCGCCGCCUACAGCGCCCGCUCCGUCGGGGUCCGCGGGGGCAGCAGGUCAAGGGCGUCGCCGGACGCCGUUUCUCCACGCGGCGGCGCUGCGCUCCUGCAAGAGCGCGCCGACCUGCUGCAGCGCGUGCACGACUUGGAGGACAGGCUGAAGGAGGCGCACCACCGCAACCCCUCCAUGGCGGAGGUUCAGCUCAUGCGGGAUGAGAUGACGGCGGCGAAGCAGGAGCUUUUGGCGCUGCGUGCCGAGCACAGUCAGUUGCUGGAGCAGACGAAGCGGUGCGCGUUGUAUCGCCUCAACGUGCCGCGUGAGAGUCAGGCGCAGCGUGAGGCAGGCGACGAUGCUGGCGCGGUCGCCAUGACAAUAGGCGCACUAGAGGAGCAGUUGCACUUGGCGCACGCGCGGAUUCGGCAGCUGGAGACGCAGGCCGCUCUCAGUGCGCUUCGUACGUUGGAUGCCGCCGCCGCCGCUGCAGAGCAGGGCAGCGACUGGGCCCCGGCAGGCGCAGCCUCCCCGCUUCCCACGGGAGACGAUGUGGGCGGUGCUGGGGGCAUUGCCGCGGCGCAGCGGCAGCAGGAGCGGCUGGAGGAGGCACUACGGGAGCUGCGACUGCAGCGGGACGCCCUCGCUGCGUCGGAGGAGCGGCUCAACCAGGCGCUGCACCUCCACCACGCCAUGAAGCAGCGGAUGCGGCAGCUGCAGGAGGAGCUCGCGAGUGUUUGGGGGCGGCUCGAGAGCGCAGAGUACCGGCUGAAGUUGACGCUGGAGGAGCGUGAGGACCGCGCGGAGGCCGCGGGUGACGCCGCCGCACGUGCCUCCCUGCCGAGGCGGUCCCGCCUUGGCGCCGCUUCGCUGCAGCAGGAGUUGAGGCAACUUCGUCAGCGCGACUUGGAGAGCCGGCAGACGGUUGAGCGGCUUCGCGUGGAACUGGACAUGCUGAAGCGGCGUCAGGCGGAGGAGCGGCAGCGAAGCAAGGAGCUCCGUGCCGCCCGGACCGCGAUGCUGGCACGCCUCGAGAAGACGUUUGCAGAGUCGCUGCGGCGGCAGGAAUGUGACCUGCGGGCCAUUCCCGAGGCACUUGCGCGUGCGCGGAAGGAGAUGGAGCAGCUCAGAGUGCGGCGGAGUUGA